GCAAAACAAUAAUAAUAAAUUUAUUACUUCGCAAUUUCUAUCCAGUGAUAUAUCAUAUCGACGAGUUCAAAAAGGAAGCGACGAAUUAUUGUAUGCGGUUUGGUCACUCGUUAUGGUCCGCGAAUCAGUUAACCUCUUACGCUGGAAUGACGUGCCAUGCACUAAUUUCUAUCCAGUUAUAUUAUUCUGACGAGUUCAAAAAGAAAGUGACGAAUUAUUGUAUACGGUUUGGUCACUCGUUAUGGUCCGCGAACCAUUUGCCAGCGCAAGAGGUUAACCUUCGUCCCAAAAUUGCAAUAUUUUCUCAGUUUCAAUAUAAUCCAGGCAAAACAAUAAUAAUAAAUUUAUUACUUCGCAAUUUCUAUCCAGUGAUAUAUCAUAUCGACGAGAUCAAAAAGGAAGCGACGAAUUAUUGUAUACGGUUUGGUCACUCGUUAUGGUCCGCGAAUCAAUUGCCAGCGCAAGAGGUUAACCUUCGUCCCAAAAUUGCAAUAUUUUCUCAGUUUCAAGUAUAUUUAAGUAUAACCCAGGCAAAACAAAUAAUAAGUUUAUUACUUCAUAAUUUCUAUCCAGUGAUAUAUCGUACCGACGAGUUCAAAAAGAAAGUGACGAAUUAUUGUAUACGGUUUGGUCACUCGUUAUGGUCCGCAAAUCAAUUGCCAGCGCAAGGGGUUAAGGAGAAUCGCAGGAGGACAAGCGAGCGAUGUCAAGUCACAGUCCGACUACAGUUACGAAAUCUGUUUCGAACUCGGAUGACGCGACUACUU